AGAUAGGUAACUUCGAGUACUUUAAAUUACGGCAUUAAGUAGUUUGUCUCUAAAGUUCUUGAAUUUUAUAACCUGCAUAGUUGAAGACUUCAAAGUUGCUGUAUGACAAAAAGACAAGUUGUUAACUUUGAUACUUGGUGAAAAUUAUGCCAGGAUUUAAGGGAAGCUCAUUCAAGUUAUUUCAUCUCAUCAUUUUACUUCUAAUAAAUAAAAACCAGAUGCUUAUUUGAGUAAAAUUUACUUUAAAAAUGCCAGGCUUAGAAAAAAUUCACUUAGAAGAUGCUUUAGAAGAUAAUCCUCAGACCCGUUCCAUGGUUUCUCUCUUUGAGCGUGAUGCAGAAUUGCUAAAAGACUAUGUUGAAGCAUUGAGAAAUCAUUGUGAAAAAGUUUUAAAGGCUCAGAGAGAGCUUGCAUCUUCAACCUCAAAGCUUUCACAACAUUUAAGAGCUUAUGAAAAUCAGCCUUUUCCACUUGACACAGAUCCUGACAGUGUUCUUAAAACAACUCUUCGAGAAUUUGCUGUAACUUUAGAUGAAGUUAGUUCUUUACAACAAGUGUGUGCUGCUCAGUUGGGAGAUGGAAUGUUGUUUCCUUUGAAUCGCUUUAUAGAAGCUGAUCUUGCAGAUAUAUUCACCAUGAUGGAAAUGUUUCAAGCAGCGUCUAAUGAAAUGGAGCAAUCUGUCACAAAGUUUUGUAAAUGUUCAAGGAAAAGAGAUAGUGAAAAGGUUAGACAAGAUAUUAAUGAAGAAGUUUAUAUGGCUACUAAAAAAUACCAUCAAACAGCUUUGCAUUAUUAUGCCAAUAUGAAUGCAUUGCAGUACAAACGUAAAAUAGCUUUGCUGGAGCCUAUUAUGGGAUAUCUUCAUGCUUUACGAUCUACAUUUUCCGUUGGCCAAGAAACUCUUAAUACUCCACAAUUGGAAACAUUUUUAAGCAACAUAGGUUCCAGCGUGCAAGGAGUUCAGGCAGAACUUGGUCAAGAAACACAAAAAACUGUAGAACUUAUUGAUACCAUAGAACAGCAAAGUCAACAUUUAUAUUAUGCUGAACCUCCUGUAGAUAUGCCUUAUAUUCCUCCUAAUACUGGACUUUCACAAAAGAGUGGCUAUUUGUUUCAAAAAACGAAAUUUGCUGGAAUGGUGACCAAGUGGGACCACGUGUUUGUUUAUACUUUGGGAAGUAAAUUAAUGAGUAUGGGAAAAUAUGAGGUUGCAGGAAGUGUCAUUAUGGAACUUGAUAAAAAUGUUACUACCAUGACGCUUGAGAAUGAAGAUCGUCGCAAUGUCUUUCAAGUGUCUAAUGGGAAAAAAACUGUUGUGUUUCAAGCAUUAAAUGGCCGUGAACGAGAUGAGUGGAUUGCAUCUAUACAUAACAUUGCAAAAGAAGGCAGUUCAAGUCGCCAGUUAUCACGACAGUGCUCAAGAGAUAAGGCUACUAGACAAAACACAGUUGAGAAGUCACAAUCAAUAUCAAGCAAUGCUUCAAGUGUGGAAGGAGAAAACAAUAAGCCAAAUAAUACAUCAACUCCGCCAGCAACACCAAUGGACAAUCUUCUGCUGGAAACACCAAUACAGUUUGAUCUCUUCUCACCUGCAGAAGAUCGAGAGAGGUCUCAAUCCAUGGAUCCUCCUAAAGAAUCAUCAACAUCAGACUUACCACCUGCUGAUGAUAUAACACAAGAAGGUUCUGGUCCAACUCCAUUUUGGGAAGUAUUUUCAGUACGAUUUUUAGGAUCAAUGCAAGUACCAAAAGACAGAGGUGAUUAUCUUGUCUAUCAAACCAUUCGCCAUAUUAUGGCUGCUAGAGCUAUUCAUAAUAUUUUUAAAACAAAUGAAUCUCAUCUAGUUAUAACACAUAGGACCCUUAAGAUUGUAGAUCCAUCUCAUCAGGCUAUUCGAGCAAUGUUUCCUUUGGAAGAUGUUUCUUUCUGGACUACACAUAAAGAAAAUAAUAGAUUGCUUGGGUUUAUAACAAGAACUAAACUGGAUUCUGAAAGUAGACCAUCCUUUCAUUGUCAUGUUUUUGAGGCUCAACCUUCAGCUGAUGAGAUAUGUUCUGCCCUUUCAAAGGCUGCCAAUAUCGCUCUAUCUGUUCUUUUGGAGCAGACACUUGGUACAACAGAAGAGGAAAACUUGAAAGAGGAUAACAAAGUAGAUAGAAAUGAUGUUGAAAAGAUUGCAGAAAAAGCUCAAGUUGCUGCCAAUGAGAAAACUAAAGACUUGGAUGCUACAACAGACAGUCUUGAAAUGGGUGAUGCAAAAUAACUACAGUAAAUAUAACUUUUGUUUGAGUGUUAUAUGAGCCUGGUGUUAUAUCCUGAUUUUUAAAGUAAAUUAAUAUAUAUAUAUAUAUGUUAAUUUUGUUCGAAUUUUAAUUUUAUGCUUGAACCAUUUUAUUGAAUGCUUAUUUAUGCGACUAAGUGCUAAUUGUAUGAUAAAUAGUGUUAAGUAAAUGGUUCAUUUUCCAAUAUUUUAUUUAACGUUUUUGUUAAUUUCUCAUACAUUAAAAUAUAGAAAAAAUUUCAAACAUAAAAAACUAAUGUAAAAUAUUUUGCUUAAAAUUUGGUUUGUUGUAAAUAGAUGACUAAGUCAUUCAUUUAUUGUAACUUUUUAAAAAUUUUAAUGACACUGUGCAAAUGUUGGUGCGUUAUUUCUGUUAUUUUUGUUUCAAAUGUGUUUAUAAAUUUCUUAUAUGUUGUUCACUUAUGUAAAUUUCCUGUAUAUUGAAUUCUUUUGUCUGACUGUUUAUAUAUGUGUGCAUUAGAUGUAUAAUCAUGUUAAAUUUAAAAAAUAAAUUAGCAGUUUUUCUCUUUGCUGUAAGAUGCACAGUAUAAUUAGAAUAUGAAUAUAUGAAAGUAAAUAAAAUGAUGAAAAAUUCUAAUUAACUUUAUUUUGUGGGUAUUCAAAGUUAAAAGAAAAUCAUCUUACAAGCUUGUUUAUAGAAAUAUCAACUAAAAUAAAUCUAUGCCAACAACGUUUUUGCUCUGACAUGAGAUUCUGGACACUAGAAAAAGAAAAUUAAGAUGGACUGUUGUGAUGGUCAAAGAUUUCCGAAUGAGUUAGAUACAUUGAACUCGUAAUGAAAAUAUCAGCAUUUUCACUUUUUUUCUUUUUCAUAUAAAUUAGUUCAUUGAUUAAUAAAUCAGAUUAAAAAAGUA